GGUCUCACCUCCGCCUCACUCAGUCUGUGGACGCUAUGGAUCGAAGCAGUGCGUUUGGGCUUGCAUUUAUCUGCAUUAUAGUGGCCGGCGUCGGAGGUCAAUCUCCGGCAGCGUCGCCGACGGCUACUCCUGUUACGGCUCAUAGUCCGGCCACUCCUGCUGUGGCCACUCCACCUGCUUCUUCACCUGCGGCUGCUGCCCCCACCAAAUCUAAAACGCCGGCUCCGGUCACGGCUCCCACUUCGUCACCACCUACGGCAGUUUCCUCUCCGCCAGCUAGCUCUCCCGUGUCAUCUCCUCCUACUCCGGCUGUGCCAACGCCUGCCUCGUCACCGGUGGCUGUGACUCCGGUGAGCUCGCCACCUGCUCCGGUUCCGGUCAGCUCUCCACCUUUGCUCCCGCCUGCGAAAUCUCCUCCUGUUCCGGCGCCGGAAAAUCCCCCCGCGGCUUCUCCUCCGGCUCCGGUUUCUUCGCCUCCUGCUGAGACUCCGGCUGCAGAGGUUCCGUCACCUGCUCCGAGCAAGAAGAAGACUAAGAAGCUCAAAUCGCCGGCUCCUGCUCCGGCGCCGGAGGCGCUGAGUCCUCCAGCACCGCCGACCGAAGCUCCCGGACCGAGUCUGGAUGCGACCUCACCCUCUCCGUCUCUGCCAGAUGAGAGUGGGGCAGAGAAGAUCACGUGCGUGAUGCAGAAGGUGGUUGGAAGCUUGGCAUUGGGAUGGGCUGCCCUUGGUCUGCUUCUCUAGAGAGACAGACAUUUAUUGCUGUUAUAAACUUAUAAUUAAUCAUCAUUUAUUUUAAUCUUUUUUAUGUUCUCUUGCAUUGUAUCUUUAUUUCAUGUCUGUUACUCUAUCGUUUACUGGCUGGGGUAUGGUUCGUUAGGAAUUAUACCACGUUGUCUUGUAUUCUUUGGGAGAGUUGUGGGGGAAACUUCGUAGCUUUGUAUUUUUUGACUGCUUUUGUUUCUUCUUUUCAUCAUUCAUUA